AUGGGAGCCGCGAGACGCCAGAAAUCGCCACGGUCCGACUCGGAAUCCCCGCCGAGGGAGCAAGACGCGGAGGACAAUUACGAUCAGGCGGGAGAGCUGGAUGAUGGCACAGAUUCCGAUUAUUUUGAGGAAUUCGCGAGCGACACCACCUCGAUCAACUCGAUGAUCACCGCCUAUCGCUAUGAAAAUGGGAGACGAUACCAUGCUUACAAGGACGGUGCUUACUGGGGUCCGAACGACGAGACCCAGAAUGAACAACUCGACAUAGCCCAUCAUAUGUUCACAAUGCUUCUCGGAAACAAAUUGUGUCUUGCCCCUAUCUCUGAUGAUGUCCAAAGAGUUCUCGACGUCGGUACUGGAACGGGAAUAUGGGCUAUUGACUUCGCAGAUGAAUACCCUUCCGCAGAGAUCAUUGGAACUGACCUAUCACCGACUCAACCCAGCUUUGUCCCACCAAACCUUCGGUUUGAGAUCGACGACGCAGAAGAUUCAUGGGCAUAUCCGGAGAACCAUUUCGAUCUUAUCCACGUGCGUGCGCUCUACGGGGCGAUUUCCAACUGGCCAGCGUUCUAUCGCAACAUGUUGAUCGGUCUACGGCCCGGUGCAUGGUUCGACCAAUUGGAGAUGUCAAUCCAGUUCAGAUCGGAUGACGGCACGGUGACCCCCGACCACAUCCUGGCAGAGUGGUCACCCCGCCAGCACAUGAUUGAUGCCGGUUUUGAGAAUGUCACCGAGCGGCGAUUCAAGCUUCCUGUUGGUCCUUGGAGCAAGGACGAGCACUAUCGACAGCUGGGACGGUGGAAUCUGCUGCAUUGCGAGCAGGGUAUAGAAGGGUGGUCCAUGGCACUGCUCACCCGUGUGAUGGGGUGGAGCUACGAGGAGGUGCAAGUAUUCUUGGCCAAGAUGAGGAAAGGCUUGCGUGACUAUUCAAAGAUCCAUGCCUAUUUUUACGUCGUGAGCGUCCACGGUCAGAAGCCGCUCAAAGAACGCGUACCUUGA